UGCACUUCAUGCGCCCCUUUCUGUGCAACCGUUGAGAAUUGCAAUGCUUCCCGCCAACAUCCAACACAUACUCUCCAUUUCCUCACGACAGCUCACGGCUCAACACCUCCGAUUUGCAUGCCACAACUAGUCAUGGGAAAAUUAAACGAGGGUUCCAUGCUGUCAUUCAGCAUACAGCGCGAGCGCGAGACUAGUUCAGCGACGUUGCUUCAUCUCGCUAGCACACCAUGCUCGGAGCUUUAACCACAACCGCCGGCUUGGCUUCUAGUGGUGUCAAUGCAAUCAGGCCGUAAUGAGGGACCUAGAAACGCGCAUAGAGCACGAUCUUUUGUUUUAGGCGUCUUUGACGAGCGGAGAAACACUGAGAUAUAAAGGUGCGUCCAGAACAUGGUCAUUGAACUCGUCUCUAUCCUAUGGGCUUUGCGGAUCUUACCCUGUCGAUCUCUGAGCUGCGAAAUGAAGCUCUUUCUUCUCUCCGUCGUUUUCAUACUCACCUUUUGCACUACACGCUCGUUCGCUGCUUCACAUCACAGCGUUGAUUCCAAGCACAAGGCACGUCUCGCUCAUUCGACCGCCAACAAGGCGGUAGAGCGUGAUGUGCCCCACCACGCUGUGCUGCUUUCGAAAACGAGAGGGCACCCCAAGGCUCGCGGUGGAAAGGCUCAGCUGAAAGAAGCUAUCAAUAGAGCGCAGGCGAAGUAUCAGCAAUCCUUUAAGAACUAUCUGGCGAACACAGGAAAUGUGAACAAGCUGCAGAACACAUCGUUCGUCCACGACAUUGUCCGCCCUCGUAGAUCGAAAACAAAACGUCAGCAAGGGGUUGAUAGCCUCACUGACAUCGAUGGUGAGCUGCUCUGGACCGGACCACAAGCAUUUGGAACUCCACCCCAGUACUUUGCUGGUGGUCAAGACUUUGACACAGGCUCGUCGGACACAUUUGUCAAUCCUGGGUACUACAAUCCUUCAAAGAGCUCAACGGCGCGUGACACGGGCAAGACAUUCAGUGUCCAGUACGGUGACGGGACUAGCGCGAGCGGCAAGAUCUACAAUGACACUCUGACUGUCGCCGGGCUGCAAGCCUUCGGCCAGGCAGUGGGAGAUGCCACCUCCUCUGAUAUUGGUAGUGAAUCUGCUGGCAUAUCAGGUAUGGCUUUUCCAUCCAUCGCCCAGUUUCAGCGCGACCCCUUCUUCUACACGCUCAGGAAGCAAGGUGCUGUCUCCCGUGGCGUCUUUGGCUUUGGCCUCUCCAAGGAGAAUGCAAGGCUUGAUCUAGGCACGCUGGAUUCUGACUCUUACGAGGGCGAUAUCAAUUGGGUCACCAUUGACGACUCGAAUGGCUUCUGGCAGACUUCGCAAGGCACACUCAACGGUGUUCCCCUCCUGACUUCAAUCAUUGAUACUGGAACCACCGUGAUCGUUGGUGCCCCAGAUCAGGUAUCGCUAAUCUGCCUGCAAGCAGGCGGGAUCGUCAUUGCGGAAGGCACAGAUAUUUUCUGCGGCUAUGUGGAAGGCAUGGCUCCACCACAAUUCACUUUCGAAUUCAACGGUCAGCAGUACAUGCUCAGCCGCGAUGCGAUCGAUUUCGCUCAGGAUGGUCCACUCAUCCUUACCGGUAUUGUUGGAUCCGGCAUUGGCCUCCUGGAUGGUUGGGUCCUGGGGGAUGCGUUCUUGCGCAACCUUUAUGCAGCAUUCGAUAUCGAUAAUAUCCGUGCUGGCUUUGCGCCUCGGCGUUAGGUCAUUCCGUGUGAAUGUAUGCUACAAUAUUUGCUGCAAUGUAGGUCUAUGAC